CUGCCCAGUCUAUCCGCUGCAAGGCCUCGUGAGAGGCACGUUUAGGGUACCAUUUACUGGCCUCAGUGGUUAAAAUAUUUUAAAUGUAUAUAGGCUAGGUUCUAUUAGGAUUGACUUCAAAUAUCGUGCUAACCAUACAGCGUUGCCCUCAACAACAUCGUCCCUCUUGAAGCCAUGUUAGGGGGGCGUUUUCACCGAAUUUUCCCUCGACUGAAUUUUUCCCCUUUGCAGCAUCAGUAGCACAGAGCCAGCCUCCUACAGACUACGCUGUUCCUGCUGCUCCGUGGGGUUCCUCUCAGGUUGGGAAGCUAAAACACGGUGAGAAGAAGGACAGCAGAACAACGGAACCAAAACACCGCGCGCCGUCUCUCACCGGGGGCUUCUGUCACGCGCUGAUCCGCCUAAAGCAGCACUAACAGAUCAGGAUGUCAGCAAGAGGAGGGAAGAAAAAGGCCACCAAGAUGUCCCGCUCAGCCAGGGCGGGGGUCAUCUUCCCUGUGGGGAGGAUGAUGAGGUACCUGCGCAUCGGCACGCACAAAUACCGCAUUGGCAUGGGGGCGCCGGUCUACAUGGCCGCGGUCAUCGAGUACCUGGCAGCUGAGAUCUUGGAGUUGGCUGGAAAUGCGGCCCGGGACAACAAGAAAGGCAGAAUAACUCCCCGGCACAUAAAGCUGGCUGUGGCCAACGACGAGGAGCUCAACCAGCUUCUGCGGGGGGUGACCAUAUCAAACGGAGGGGUUCUGCCUCGCAUCCACCCAGAGCUGCUGUCCAAAAAGAGGGGGAGCCGGGUGAAGGUAGACAGCCAGCCUUCCGUCGCGGAGAAGCAAGAAGAACGCCCAAAGAGCAAGAAACCCGUCAAACCCAUCAAAAAGGUUAAAGGCAAACGAGGCCGCAAGCCAAAGAGCACAGAGAACGAGUCCGUCCCAAACUCCACGGUGGAAGACGGUCCCGGAGAUGGGUUCACCAUCCUGUCGGCAAAGAGUCUGUUCCUGGGACAGAAGCUGUCCCUCACAGAAAGUGACAUCAGUAAAAUUGGAACCAUCAAAGUGGAGGGGAUAAUCAACCCGACCAACGCAGAGAUGGACAUGAAAGACGGUGUGGGCACCGCCCUGGAGAAGGCUGGUGGCCGAGAGUUCCUGGACGGGGUCAAGGAGCUACGCAAGGGACAGGGGCCCCUAGAGGUGGCAUCAGUGGCAGUGAGCCAGGCCAGUGGGAUGGCAGCCCGUUUCAUCAUCCACUGUAACGUCCCUCAGUGGGGCUCCGAGAAGUGCGAGGACCAGCUGGAGAAGACGGUGAAGAACUGUCUGUCUGCUGCUGAGGACAAGAAGCUAAAGUCUGUGGCCUUCCCUUCACUUCCUGCUGGACGGAACGGAUUCCCAAAACAAACGGCCGCCCAGCUCAUCCUCAAGGCCAUCUCCAACCAUUUUGUGUCGUCCACCAGCUCCUCUCUGAAAAACAUUUACUUUGUUCUGUUCGACAGCGAGAGCAUCGGAAUAUAUCUUCAGGAAAUGGCCAAGCUGGACGCCAAGUGAGGACGCUGUUUGUGGUUUGUUUUCUAACUGUUGUUUGUUGCAGGUUUAGGAUGACAGGCGGAGUUGGGUGUAAGUGUGAGUGGAGUGCUGUUCCCUUUCUGUUCCAGUGUCCCUUCAACAGACCGCAUUCUUUAUAGAUUAGAUCAGUGAUUUUCAACCUUUUUUGAGCCGCGGCACAUUUUUUACAUUUACAAAAUCCUGGGGCACACCACCAACCAAAAUGACAUCUAAAACAGUACAUAUAAUACAUAUAGUAUAAAAUAUAGUUUCUAAAUGUAUUCAUACUCAGUGUGAAACCUGGGCCUGUUUCGAUGAACUCAAAAUGGAUAUCCUGGCAGGAAUGGUAGAAAGACACACGAAGCUCUUCCUCAACAGCUCUCAGUCUCUCUCUGUUUUUAGUUUUUAUCGCAGUCAAGCUUGAGAAGCUCAGCUCACACGAUAUGUGGUUGAAAACUGGAGCAAUGUCAAAAUAGCUUUGUUGGCCAGAAUGGGGAACUCCUUGGCAACAGAUAACAAAAACUGUCCGAAGGAAGAUCAGCAAAGUUUAGCUUUAAACUACGAUCUUGUUUCAGUUCAAUGAGUUCCUCUUGCUCCUUUAAAGUCAUGUCCUUUCCAGCAACGGAUGCUGAGCUGUAUGGGUCCCUAACCCAGUCAAGGCAUUCUGUGUAGGCUGAAGAGAAAUAAAAUGACAACUUCUCCUCAAGAGUUUUCAAAUGUGUGCCAAUCACCUCGCACAUUGCGGCAGUGUUGCCAUCAUGCAGUUUCUUAGUGAGUGGGAACAUCUCAAGGUUGCCACGCUGCACAUGUUGUUGCCAGAGCUGGCACUUUUAAACGGAAUCCGUUCAUUUUAUCCUUGCUUGUAAGCAGGUUUUCAUUUCGGCCUUGCAUCCGUGUGUUCAGUUCAUUCAGAAGAUAAUAUAUAUCAGCCAAGUAUGCCAGCUUUACACACCACUCAUCACUUGCAAGCAGCUUUGAGUAAUCGGACCUCUCGUUUGUCAGAAAUACUUUAAGUUCCUCUCGCAGCUCAUACACACGGGCCAGCACUUUGCCACGCGACAGCCACCGGACCUCCGUGUGGAGCAAUAACACUUUAUGUUCCGCUCCCACUUCCUCACACAAAGACGCAAAUAAGCGACAUUUCAAAGGUCGCGUUUUCACAAAGUUCACUAUGUGCACAACAUCAUUCAACACAGGAGCUAGAUAUGCUGGUAAGGUCUUUGCAACGAGGGCCUCAAGGUGCGAUGUAACAAUAACAUCUGGGUUUCUUUCUUUGACCCUACUUACGAAGCCUUUUGUGCGCCCGACCAUGGCUGCGGCUCCAUCAGUGCAGACACCUGUGCAGUUUUUCCACGUAAGGCCGCUUUGGUCACGAUAUUCUGACGUGACCCGAAAUAUUUCCUCUCCUGUUGAUUUUUCUGGCAGUGCCUUGCAAAAUAGGAAGUUUUCUCUAAUGGCUUCUCCAUCCACAAAACGCACGUUGGCCAAGAGCUGACAAUGUCCACUAAUAUCCGUCGUCUCAUCAAGUUGCAAUGCAAAUUUCUUACUGAUGCGCAUCUUUUCCAGAACAACAGUUUCGAUGUCUGCAGACAUGUCAUCAAUACGUCUGGCAAUUGUGUUAUCUGAGAGAGGCACUUUAGCUAUCUCUUUGGUCGCGUCAGGGCCGAGCAUCUCAUUUACAAUGGCUUUACAAGCUGGCAGUAUUAAUGUUUCUGCCACAGUGUGGGACUUUUUUGAUUUGGCUAUGAGUUCAGCAACGUGGUAGCUAGCUUUGAGGGCUCUCUCGUUUACCUUUGUGGUUUUUCUCAAAAAAGUUGCCUGUUUCUCGUUGUUUGUAGGCUACGUAAGCGUACAAAAUAGUCCAUCGGCUUGUUUUGAACGGAAGGGUGUUUCGUUUGGAGAUGGCGUUUAAGCUUGCUUGGCACCAUGGCGCUAUUGGAUAGCUUCUCACCAAACACCAAGCACAGCGGAGUCGGUGCCGUUGCAUCCCCGGUUAAAGUAGAUCCAAAUGAAAGAUAGCUUUCGCUGUAUUGCCUCGAGCUCACCGUCUUGUCUUUUUUCUUUUGUCGACCACUCAUACUAGGGCCUUCAUCUGGGUCAGAAUUUUGUCCAGGGCUCUGUUCGGCAUUUGCAUUUUCCUUUCUCAAAAACGUAUCCAUGACAGUCACUUGCUCGUGUUGCGGUGAUCCCAAACUGUCACUGUCACGUGUCGCGCCUCACUAACUCUAUUGUCUUUACAGGCAUUUAUAGCCCUCUGCUGCCACCCACUGAAAUAGAAGGGUAUUACAUUAGCUGCCACACUGUAUUACAACACAGACGCCCGACAAUGGUUAAUUAGGUGAUAUUGGAUAAUUUCCCACGGCACACCUGGCGAUCUCUCACGGCACAUUAGUGUGCCGCGGCACACUGGUUGAAAAUCACUGGAUUAGAUCAUCAGUCCGUACAGUCUGCCAUGAUGGUUCCUUGUUUACUAAUGUUUUUACUUUCUAUGUACAAAUAUAACAGUUUUCCUGGCCUCUGUAGUUUCUGAUACAGUUAGUUUACUAAAAAAAACUGUGGUUCUCAUUCUGCUUUGAAAUAAAACUCAGAUGUUUUACACCAGAGAUCCACUCACA